GAGACGGGGGGGGAGGGGGAGACGGUUGCCAAAACAAUAAUCUGUGGAGCAGAUAUAUUUAAAACCAGACCAUGUGCUUUGCCAGUGCUGGCAGGGAAACAGCCAAGGCUGACUGCUCUGCUUGUUGUUGUGUGCCGGCCUCUCCCGCUCAUAAACUUAACUCAACUGAAUCGGAUGAUUGUUGCAACUGCUGCUGCUCCUGCUAAGCAGAUAAAUCCAGUGACCGUCACCGUUUGUUGAAAGUAAAUUUUGGAACGUAGCAAAAUCUCGCUAAGCUCGCGAGCUGGGGAAAAGAAUAAGGCACAUACGUAUCCGUUGUCGUUAACUUCAAGAAGUGCACCUAUACACAGCCGCGUUCAUUUAUUGAGCUCGUUGAAGCAGCGUUCGGACAACACAUUUGAUAUUCCACGUGAAUAACGGGGAGGAUAGUAGGCCAAGAGCAUGCGGUGCCUGCUUCUGUCGCUGGCGCUGCUGCCACAGCUGCUGCUGCUGCUGCUCUGCGUCGUUGUUGUAGUGCCAGCCGCCGACUCGUCGCAGGAGGAGAAGCCCCGGGCGGCGAGGGAGGUGUCAGAGGAUGAGAAAUGGAAGUCCAGGAUGGCGGGGGACGUUGCGGUGAAGCCGCGUGGGGCGAGCGCGGUGAACGCCGACGAACACGAGGUGGUGGCGAAAGAGGCGGGGAGGCGCGUUGCCAUCACCUCGCGCUUGUGCGGUGACGAUUCGUGCUACGUCCUCCAUCAGUCGCGCGACUCCGCGAUGAGCCUGCAGCAGGCGCGUGGCUUCUGCGCGGGCGUAAGCGGCGGGCCGGGCCACCUGGCCACGGUGCUCGACCAGGAGGACGCCGACAUGCUCGCGAGGGCGAUCGUCGCCUCGGCCUCGUUGGCCAUCGACGGGGAGCUGUGGCUGGGUCUGCGGCGGGGAGCCGAUGGAUGCGCGAACCCCGAGGGACCCCUGCGCGGAUUCGCGUGGCAGGCGGCUGGGGCGUCGGGGGCGUCGUCCGCUGUCACCUACUCGGGGUGGCGCGGGGAGCCGCAGCCGCGGUGGGACUGCGGCCGAGAGCAAUGCGUCAGCCUGGCGUUGAUCAACGCCAGUGGAGGCAUCUCCGAGUGGAGGCAGAGGUACUGCGAGGACUCGACGGGCGUGCGCGGUGUCGCGUGUCGCCUGUCGUGCCGCGAGCACGCCUGCGCUCGGGGUCCCAGGCCGAACCCGCCGCCCGUCGACGGCAGCCACCGGCCGCAGAGGGAGGCGCCCUGCGACGCGGGCUACGCGUGGGUCUCGGGGGCGUGCGAAGACAUCGACGAGUGCGACGAUUUCGGGCAGUGCGAUAACGCCCUCUGCGACAACACCGAGGGAGGCUUCACCUGCGACUGCCUCCAUGGCUACGCGCGCGUCAACGGCACCCACUGCUCGGACGUGGACGAGUGCGCCGAGCAGACGGCUCCCUGCGGCAUAUUCCAGUGCCGCAACGGGCCCGGCUUCUACGAGUGCAUCUGCCCGCCGGGCUACGAGCAGGACAAGAGCGGAAUCUCCUGCGACGACGUGGACGAGUGCCUCGCCCGCGAUAACGGCGGCUGUCAGCAUCACUGCGCGAACGCCCAGGGCGGCUACGCCUGCUCGUGCAACGACGGCUACGAGCUGGCGGCGGACGGGCGCUCGUGCGUCGACCCCGGGACGACGGUGCCGGAGGAGGAGGAGGAGGAGGCGCCGGCCGGGCGGACCCUGCUCGUGACGAUCGUGGUGCUCGUACUGGUCGCGGUCGCGUGCACGUCGGUCGCGGUGAUCGCGUGGCGUCGCUGUCAGAGGAGGAGGAGGGGAACGUCGUCGACGCGGCAGGGAGUGAGCGCGCUCGGUGGUGGCGGCGGCGGCGGCGAGAGGUCCUCGCGCGAGCAACGGGUCAACGGCGCCGGCGAGGGCGACGCGUGGGUCGACUCGCAGCCGUAGAGGGGGGGGGGGGGGC